CGAAGGCCGAAUAUGCGUAGAUUGAUUACCCAGGCCAUCCCCGCGCACCAUUCACCUUGUUCAGACCUUCAUCUUUCGAGCUCGUCGAAACCUGUGGAUGUCUCAGCAAUCAGCCGCGCCCAAGCCUACGCUCCAGGGGGUCCGCAUCAGAGCCAGGAAAGGAGCCGUCAAGGCCCACGCUAAACACGAACCAGCUGUCUUCAGAGAUCAGCUUUACAAACACCUCGAGACUGUCUCGCCGAACGAUUUUGACGGUUUUGCCAACAAAUUAGUCCAAGCUGGCUCCACGCUCGAAUAUCUCAAGUAUGCGGAUGUUCUCUUCGAACUCCUCAUUGUUGGCGGGCUUCUGCAACCCGGCGGCAGCUACGUCGACGAUGGGGCGCCUCCAUCCCCAUUCUCGAUCAUCAGUGCUAAGGAGCCCGUGGAGGUGGCUGACGUGAAGCAAUAUGUAGAGGUUCUCAACAAAUUGAUCAGGAGAUACAAGUACCUCCAGAAACCGCUUGAGGAUACUUCGCUUCCCACGCUGCUGCAGUACAUGAACAGAUGGCCCGAUGCACAGAGGGAGAAGCUAGCGGUUGCUACCGCUCUUUUGAUUUCCCAGGGUCUUGCCAGCGCCAGCUGCUUGCAGAGUUUGACCAAGGACCAUCUUGUGAAGAAUGAUGUAUCUAUCAAUUUUAUCACGACGAUUUUCCGGGCUUUUCUCGCGGAGCAAUCGAUGGACCAUUUGGCCGGUGCCCUCAAGCGUGGCGGCAUCAAGGAUCUGCUUGCCUUCUUCCCUGCAAACAAGCGCAACGACAAGUAUGUUGAUGAGCACUUCCGCAAGGCCGGCUUGGCACAAGUUGCAGACUGGUGGACCAGGCGCCAGUAUGCGGCACUUAAGGAGGGUAUCAUCAAGACCAUCCACGACAUGCUUGAGCGCGAGCUCCCGCAUUCUGAGAUUGUGACUGCCAUCAAGAGCCAGCAGGAGGAACGUGCUCUUCCCGAUACCGAGCUCAUCUCGUGCAUUUGGCAAGGACUCAUAUCUUCUGUCGAAUGGUCCGCUCGUCAGGACCAGAACGAAGCACUCGCCGUUCGUGAGAUCACUGCCUUUUCUGACAUUUUGGAGCCGUUCUGCGAGAGCCCCAAGACUGAAGUCGCUCUCAUCAACACCGUACAAGUCUACUGUUACGAGGAUGCGCGUGUCAUGAAGGCUUUCCCACAAAUUCUCAAGGUCCUAUAUAACAAGGACUGUGUUUCGGAUCAAGCUAUUAUCUAUUGGCACCAGAAAGGCGCGAAACCUCAAGGGAAACAACACUUCUUGCAAGCAACCCAUGCAUUAGUGAAGUUUCUGCAGGAACAAGAAGAGGAGAGUGACGAAGAGGAGUGAACCAGACACAUACCCGGGAAAUCCCAAGUAUUCCUUCUGUUACGAUACUCUUGUGAACAUGUACAUAUCACGGGUAGCCGGGUACGAACAGAGCAGACAGAAUCAUCAUUUACAUCGACAAUGCAAAUGCGCGU